AUGGAUUCGGAACUGAGAUUCGAGCUUUUUGAUGAUGAAAUGAUCGCUCAAAGUAGUUUAAUUAGAUCAACAAUUUCAAUGCAAGCUCGGGAUAAUAUUGCUCAUAAUCUAUUGCACCAUGGGCUUGCAGCCACCAAGAACUACAAAACAAUACCGAAUCCACAAAAAAACCUGUACCUCAUCGGCCUUGGUGGUUUUGGUUAUGAUUGCAAGAUUGAUGACUACAAGGUGGUUAUUCUUUGGAAUUUAUAUUCAUCCAAUCAGGAGGAUAGAUGUUUACUCGACGUCUAUACUCUUGGAAAGAAUUCCUGGAAAAGCAGUAAAAUUGAGCUUGAUAUGGUCCCCUGGAGGCAAGAUAUUGGGGUGCUUGGUAAUGGAGCUUUGCACUGGUCGGGUAAAUGGCGUGACAAACGCUCCAAGUUAAUCAUUUCUUUGGAUAUCAGCGACGAGAAAUUCAAACAAGUUGAACUACCUGAAGGAGAUCUUGAGAAUAGCGAUUUUUGCAUGACUGUGGGGGCUUUGGAAGGGUCGCUAUGUGUACUUGAUGGAGGUGAUAUGGUUCAACUUGAAGUUUGGGUUAUGCAGGAUUAUGGGGUGCGAGAAUCUUGGACAAAACGUUAUACCAUUACGCAUGAAAUGUUAACAAAAUUCAGUUUUUGGAUGUGUUAUCUGACUGUGAAACUUAUGGGGUCCUUCAAGAGCGGUGAGAUUCUAUUCUGGACUGAUGGUAAACUAGUUUUGUAUUACCCAAAACAUAGCAGUGCUAGAGUAUUAGCCUAUUGUUGGAAAAACGUCGUGGAUGCAAUGAAUUAUUUUGAAAGCUAA